AUGAACAAAGAGUGCUCCUUGAGUUAUUUUCAUGAAAUUGGAAAGCGUCCUUUGACAUACAGCACCAUUGGACAAGAAUUAAGUCGCUAUGCUGUAAAGUAUGCUGACCAAGAAGCUUAUGUGAGCUUGGAAGAGAACAAAAGACUCACUUAUAAGCAAUUAAAAUGUGAAGCUGAUCGUCUUGCAGCGGGACUUCAGAAUUUAGGUCUCAAGAAGGGAGAUCGCUUAGGCUUAUGGGCUCCCAAUUCAAUAGCAUGGCCUCUAACUAUGUUUGCUGCUGCGCGAUUGGGUCUAAUUCUUGUGCCCAUUAAUCCGACAUACGAAGCUUCCGAAAUCGAGUACUGUCUCAAGAAAGUCGGCAUUAAAGCUAUAGUUGUAUCAGAGUACUAUGGCUCCAGACUCUACUACAACACUCUCCUGGAAAUCAUUCCAGAACUCAAUUUUUGCAAUCCUGCAAACUUGCACUGCAAACAUUUUCCUUUACUCACCAGCAUUAUUAUUGAUUCGGAAAAGAAUUAUAAAGGAACUUUAACACUAAAGUAUGUAAUGAAUAUUGCAACAUAUUCUCAAGUGAAUCAGAUUGAGAAGCAACAGGAAGAUAUAAGUCCUGAAAGUGGAUGUAAUCUACAGCUCACAUCUGGUACAACAGGAUAUCCAAAAGCUGCUCUUCUUACGCAUUUUGCUUUUGUCAAUAAUGGUAUUAUUACGUCCAAACGUCUUGAGAUGAGCUGUAAGACUAGAAUUUGCCUUCAAGUUUCAUUUUUUCAUGCAUUUGGAUGCAUAUGUGCUUCAAUGGCAUGCCUAAUUCGUGGAGCAACAAUUGUCAUACCAUCGUCAGUUUAUAAUCCACUGAAGAAUAUUUUGGCAAUAAAUGAUGAAAGGUGUUCUAUGAUAUAUGGAACACCGAAAAUGCACAUGGAUUUAAUGACACAGCAAAGAAAAUUGCAGUUAAAACUUACAGCUGAUGUUGCUGUAACCGGAGGUGCACCAAAUUCACCUCAGCUUCUAAAAGAAAUAACAUCUGAGCUUGGAUUAAAAAAAGUUAUAAAUCUCUACGGGAUGUCUGAAAGUACUGCAAAUAGUUUUACAACUCUCCCUGGAGAUACUGAUGAACAAAUGUAUGAAACAGUCGGACAUGUAAUGGAUCAUGUAGAAGUUAAAGUUAUUGAUAGAAAAGGACAAAUUGUACCACUAGGAACACCAGGAGAGCUAUGUGUUCGUGGAUUUUGCACAAUGAGAGGAUACUGGAAUGACGAGGAAAAGACUCAAGAGACACUGUCACAAGAUGGUUGGCUUCGAACUGGAGAUCAAUUUGUUCUCCUACCAAAUGGCUAUGGAAAAAUUAUUGGGAGAAUUAAAGAGAUAAUUAUUCGUGAUAGUACGAAUAUUUAUCCGAAGGAAAUUGAAGAUUUCCUCGUCACAUGCCCACAAAUUGCUGAAAGUUACGUUAUUGGUGUACCAGAUGAUCUCUGGGGUGAGGAAAUUUGUGCAUUUGUGCGUCUCCGGUCGGGAUGUGAAUAUUUUACUGUAGAAAAUAUUCGGGAUUACUGCCGCGAUAAAAUAUCAGCCUUCAAAAUUCCACGCUAUGUAGAAAUAGUGGAGGACUUCAAUAAAACAUUGUCGGGAAAGGUCCAGAAAACCGAUCUAAAACAAAUGUUUAGUGAAAAGUGGAACAAAAUUAUAUUAGGUGUGCUCUAA